UACCGUCGCCUCGGAGUGGGAGAAUCCGCUCUGGUCAUCGUUGCUCUCAGGAUUACGCCGGAUGAGUUUACUAUAAACAACCUGAACUACAUAAGAGUGUGUAAUUUAGCUCACAGCACCCAUUGUUGGCGAACGUGUUUAUCAUUAGAGCUUUUUUGGCGGAAUUAGGUAGAAUCUCAUUUUUCCCACAAAGGUGACAAGUGCGGUCACUGCCAAAGGAUAAGUUUCUAAGAAGGCAAAUAAGAGCGUCCAUUAUGUCAGUGGUCGGCAUUGAUGUGGGUUUCCUAAACUGCCACAUCGCCGUGGCCAGGAGCGGUGGCAUUGAGACCAUCGCCAACGAAUACAGUGACAGAUGCACGCCAGCUUGUGUGUCUUUCGCCUCCAAAAACCGCUUCAUUGGAAAUGCAGCCAAGAGUCAAGUGAUAACUAACUUCAAAAACACACUUCAUGGCUUCAAAAGGUUCCAUGGCCGAGCAUUUGAUGACCCGUUUGUGCAAGGAGAAAAAAACAAACUACCAUAUACCUUGCAUAAACUGGCCAGUGGAAACACUGGACUUAAGGUACGUUAUUUGGACGAGGACAAGGUAUUUACAGUAGAACAGAUCACAGGGAUGCUGCUCUCCAAGCUGAAGGAGACAUCAGAGUCUGCCUUGAAGAAGCCUGUGGUGGAUUGUGUCGUCUCUGUACCAAGCUUUUUUACAGAUGCUGAGCGGCGAUCCGUGUUGGAUGCGACGCAAAUAGCGGGGCUGAACUGUUUACGGUUAAUAAAUGACACCACUGCAGUGGCGUUAGCCUAUGGGAUCUACAAGCAGGACCUUCCCACUCCAGAGGAAAGGCCUCGUAACGUUGUGUUUGUGGACAUGGGGCAUUCGUCUUACCAGGUCUCCAUCACAUCUUUCAACAAAGGCAAACUCAAGGUCCUCGCGUCAGCGUUCGACCCCUACCUGGGUGGGCGUAACUUCGACGAGGCCCUGGUGAACUACUUUUGUGAGGAGUUCAAGGCCAAGUAUAAACUGCACGUGCGCGAGAACCCGAGAGCCUUGUUGCGUCUGCAUCAGGAGUGUGAGAAACUCAAGAAGCUGAUGAGUGCCAACUCCUCAGACCUGCCUCUCAACAUCGAAUGCUUCAUGAAUGACAUUGAUGUUACUAGUAGGAUGAACAGAGGCCAUUUUGAAGAGAUGUGUUCCCAGUAUCUAAUGCGGGUGGAGAUGCCACUGAAGGUCGUCCUUGAACACUCAAAACUGAGCCGGGAUGACAUCUACUCCGUGGAGAUCGUUGGGGCAGCGACGAGAAUGCCAGCCAUUAAAGAGAGGAUCGGCAAAUUCUUUGGCAAAGACGUCAGCACCACCCUCAAUGCUGAUGAAGCUGUCGCUAGAGGCUGCGCCCUUCAGUGUGCAAUUUUGUCUCCAGCCUUUAAAGUGCGUGAGUUCUCCAUCACUGAUGUUGUGCCCUUCCCCAUUACUCUACGCUGGAAAUCGACAACAGAAGAUGGACUGGGAGAAUGUGAGGUAUACAGCAAGAAUCAUGCUGCUCCAUUUUCCAAAGUGAUCACUUUUCACAAAAAGGAGCCUUUUGACCUUGAAGCCUUCUAUAGUUGCCCCCAAGAGCUUCCAUAUCCAGACCAAAGGAUUGGACGCUUUACAGUACAGAAUGUGGUACCCCAACCAGAUGGAGACAGCUCCAAAGUGAAAGUCAAGGUACGUUUUAAUGUACACGGUAUCUUCAGUGUGUCCAGCGCCUCUCUGAUUGAGAAGCAGAAAGGAGAAGGGGAGGACAUGCAAAUUGAUGUAGAGCCACUGAAUGAAGGCAGAGCAGGGGACCAGAUCAAAAUGCAGGUGGACCAAGAAGUCCAAAACCAGGGGGACCAACAAAAUGAAGACAAUUCCUCCAGUAAGGAGGGAACUGGUGCAGGGGAGAAGCAGGAUCCAGCGGCAGAAUUAGGGUGCAAGGCCAAAGUGAAGGCAAAGAGUGCUGACCUGCCCAUCGUGGCCAACAACAUCAGACAGCUCGACCGUGAAGUGCUCUGCAACUUUGUCCAGUAUGAGCAUCAGAUGAUUGUGCAGGACAAACUGGUGAAAGAAGUGAAUGAUGCUAAAAAUGCUGUGGAGGAAUAUGUAUAUGAUCUCCGCAACAAACUCUGUGGAAUCUAUGAAAAAUAUAUUACAGAGGAAGUAAGUUAACCGGUGACAUUGCUGCUGGAGGACACUGAGAACUGGCUGUAUGAGGAAGGAGCGCACCCCAAAGAUGUCUAUCUGCAAAAACUAGAUGCACUCAAGAAUUUGGGUCAACCUAUUCACGAUCGGCACCGAGAGCACGAGGACCGGCCGAAGGCUUUUGAAGAGCUUAGCAAGAGGCUUCAAGUCUAUGUGAAGUUUGUCAACUCUUACAGACAAAAGGAUGAGCGUUACCAACACUUGAAUGCAGAAGAGGUCAACACUGUGGAGAAGUGCAUGAAUGACACCAUGAUGUGGAUGAACAGCCAGAUGAAUGCACAGAAUAAACUGGCCAUUACUCAAGACCCCAUUGUCAAAGUAGCAGACAUCGUUGCAAAAAUUCAGGAAGUGCAGGAUUUGUGCAUCCCGGUGAUCAACAGGUCCAAGCCCACCGUGGAAGAGGUACAGGAGAUAAAUGAUAAUGGCCACAAUAAUGAUUCCACUGCUGCCAAACAAGGUCCAGAUGGGACGGGCGAUGCAAAGAGAAACCAGCAGACCAAAUCCACCGCAAGAGAGAUGGAAGUGGACUAAAGAUGAUUGCCCGGUAUCUGAGCAUCAAUCAUCGCUAUGACGACCAUCAGCAACCAUGUAGACAGUAGGGGUAGUCUUGCAGUACCUGGGACCACUUCUCAAUCCUUAUCAGCCACAAAUGUGGAUUUAAUGGCUUUGUUUUAUUCUCAUCUUUUUUCAGUUUACACUCUUGUGUCCAUCAUUUGUGUGACUACAUUAUAGUGUGCUUGUGCUCUCAAAGCUUCGAAAAAUUAAAAGAAGAAACAAUGCAACAGAUCCAAAUAUUUCACCCCGUCCCUUGAAGGAAGCUUUUGCCUUCUGUGUUUUUUGUUGUAGAGUGUCAGCAGUAAACCCCAUAGCUGUACUGGUGUAGUAAACAGUACCUGUUACCAAACUGUUCGUUUGUAUGCAAUAGUACUAAUUAUUUAUAUUUCUAAUAGAUUUCAGGCUAUGUUAAAGUCUGCAGAUGUUAAAGUCUAUUUUAAUAUUUAACAAAAGCCACCAUCAUAUUGAAGAUUAAGAAUAAAGAACACAUUUCCUGUGGUGUCUGUAGGAAAUGAUGGGCUGCAUAUUUGUUGAUUUCCAUAUAGGAUUUGAAGAUGACAAAAUAAACUCAGC